UAUUUUCUAUAGGAUGAAUCGCAAUCGGUUGGUCGGAUGGUUGAUUAUAAACAAAAUGAGACAAACUUGUUUGGUCAUACCUUGUCCGUUGACUUUUUCUCACUGUUUCAUUAAUAGUUGAGAGUGUGGCACACAAAACCUUGACUGUUGACUAUUGAAAUCUCUUCCAAACCACCUUUUGUAAAUCGGAACGUAACACUAACACAUAUUUAAAUCGAUUAAAAAAUCAGUUGUUGACUACGAACUUUUGUGCAUAGUCGUGUUUUCAUACAGGAAAAAUCAGUAAAUUCGUUAACUAAAUACUUACUUUCAUUUUAAAAACUGUUCAUGAAAAAGUGGGAAAUGGAUAGAAGAAAGCAGCGGAAUGGCAAGUUUGAAGAAGGUCUCCUGGAUCACAGGAUCCCACACAUUCAAAUGGGACCAAAUCUUAUCAAUAAACCUGUCAUAGUUGACACCGUGGCGUACAGUCCCCGCCGCCCGGCUCUUGUUCUGAAAGGUGGUAUCAAGAAAUACGGCACAACACUUGUGCUCCACAAUCUCAACAUGUUUGCUAAAGAGGGGACUAUAUACUGCUUGGUUGGGGCAAGUAAAACUGGAAAAAGUACAAUUCUUGAAUGCAUUACUGGGCAAAAGCGAUUGACCAAGGGAGAAUUACAUGUCUUUGGGUCGGUGCCAGGAUCUGCAUCUUCCGGUAUACCGGGCAGAAGAGUGGGAUAUAUGCCCCAGGAACUUGGACUCCACGUUGACCUCAGUAUUACCGAGGUACUUGAAUACCAUGGACGAAUGGUGGGAAUGAAUCUUGAACAAAUUGGAGAAAGGAUAGACAAAUUAUCGGAACUGCUAGAUCUGCAACAUCUCAAGACCCCACUACGCAGUUUAAGUCCUGGAUUGCAAAAAAGAGCUUCUCUCGCAUGUGCGCUACUUCAUCAACCUGAGCUGAUUGUAUUAGACCAGGCAACGUCUGGGAUGGAUAUUUUAUUUCAAAAAGGAAUCUGGAUGCAUCUCUUGAAACUGGUCUCGAAUGGAAGAACUUCAGUCAUUUUAACUACACAAAACUUGGAAGAAGCUCGACAAGCUCAUAGAGUGGGCAUUCUCCGAAAUGGAAGACUCUUGGUCGAAGAUUCACCAUCAUCUCUGCUCCAUCGUCACAAUACCCAAUUGAUUGCUGAAGCAGUGGCCAAGCUGAGCAUCAAGGACACAAUUCGGCUCAAAAAGGAAGGAGAUAAAAAGAAUAAAGACGAAAUAGUCUGCAUGGACGAGUGGAACUCAUCAUUUGGAAUCCAGUCUUACUUGGAGGAAAGUAAAGAUUCUUCUGGAGUUAUUUCCGCUGUUUCUUACAAAGAAUGGAUGGAACAGGUGGGAAAUAAAGACGAAGACCAAUUUAAACUUGGACAGCAAGGCAAGGAUACCAAGUCUCAAAAAACAGCAUUUAAGAAGAUGAAAGAUGAGAAUAUUCCACGAUAUCGAAACCCCAGCAAAAUUGGCGAUAGACUCAGCGCUUUGUUCUUCAAGCAACUUAUCCAAUGCAUCCGAAAUCCAUGGGCAUUUGUAGCGUCGUUGCUGCUUCCUCUCAUCAUAGUCGUCGGCUUCUGUCACUCCAUCGGGAGAACUGGUCCUCUUCACAAUGUCAAUGUUGGAGUCGUUAAUAUGGACGCGGAGGAGCAGAAUUUUACUUUUCUAGGAUGCACUUAUGUCGCAGGAUGUUCAAACAAAAUGUUGACAUGUCGAUUUCUUGAUACUUUAGCUGGCCAGGAUGCAUUCAAUUUUCUGGAUUUUGACACCGAAGAAGAAGCAAUUCAAGAAAUGAAACAACGAAAAAUUUCCGCACUCCUCAAGUUUGAGAACGGUUUCGGUUCAGAGGUCUACCAAAAAGUAGCUUCAAGUGGUGACGACAACAAUGACGCUUUCAAUUCUACAAGAUUUAAAUUUGUUCAUGACAAAUUGAAUGAUAUUUUCUUAAGACAGUUCAUCUCAAACAAAGUGGCAACUGCAAUGACCACUCUGGAACAAGAGUUAGGCAAAGACUGUUUCCAAGAAUCUCAGAAGUUAUUAAAUGACGAGGAAGAUGAAACUUCUACAGAUUCAAUUGCUGACGCUGAACGGCUAAUCAGUUCUGGCAACGAAACUACAAACGUACGACAGAUAUCCAGCCCAGGAUACCCCGAAUUCUACAUCCCAGCCGGAAUGAUUUUAGUUGCAUUCUUCACGCCACUCUUUGCAAGUGGUGGAUUCCAAUUUCUGCAGGAAAGGAAGGACGGCGUCCUUAAUCGUGCUUUUGUUUCUGGAGCGUCGAGUUGGGAGUCACUGGUGACUCAUUUACUCUUCCAGCUACCCAGCCUACUUGUAACUACAGCCGUCUUAAUCCUCGUCCCAAUUUUCCUUUUUGGAAUUAAGGUCAAUUUGUGCCUCAUUUGGGAAGUAGGACUUCUCUUGGUCCUUGCAAAUUUCAUGGGAAUAUCUCUAAAUUUUCUCCUCUGCACAAUAUACUCAAAGUUUCACAAUGUUUCACUCACGGGAAUAUGUUUCUUCGUGGCUAGUUUGAUCUUAUCUGGGUUACUUUGGCCAAUCGAAUCUCAACAUUGGGUGCUGCAAUGGGGAAGUCACUAUUUACCUUGGACCUUGCCAACGAAAUCACUUAAGUCGAUUAUAAUAAGGGAUGCGGAUUUAUUGGACUUAAAUUCCGGGGUUUGGCAAGGAUUUGCAGUGCUCGCUGCGUGGACUGGGUUUAUUUGGCUUCUUCUCGUUCUAGUCUUGGCGAUACGCUAUCUAAAAAGAUAAACUCUAUCCUAGUCUUUAGUUGACUUGGAGGAAUGUGUUUAAAUUAUAUGGAAAUAUGUAUAUUAUAUUCAAUUAUUUUCAGGGAAAAGUUGUAUUUGAAGACAAUUGCGCUAUCUUUAUAUAUGUAUUUUUAACAAUAAACAUAAUCAUUUACAUAUCAUUCGCUACAAA